AUGUUCUCCUCUCUUUCUACAUUUCAUCAUUCUCUUGACACCGACUCAUUUUAUUUCACUGAUCCCUCAGUUGAGUUGUUUCCAAGUUCUAAUGCAGAUAACUCUAAUAACCUCAAUACUCCUCUUCCCUCACCCGCUCCUAAUGAACUUGUUCCAGAUGUUGAGCUCAAUACUCGUCCGCCCUCACCUGCUCCUACUGAACCUGUUCCAGAUGUUGAUAUUGUACCUGCAUCUCGCCAUUCCACCCGAGCAAGUAAUCCACCUACUCAUCUUAAUGAUUACCAUUGCUACUCUGCUAUUAAAACUCUUCAUGAGCCUUGUUCUUAUCGAGAGGAAAGUACUAACCCCAUUUGGCAGCAAGCUAUGGCUGAAGAAAUUCAAGCUUUAGAAAAGACAAAUACUUGGGAAUUAGUUGAUCUUCAUUUGGCAUCCACCAUACCAACUAGAGUUUGA